CAGAUAUUAUAUUAACAUUGUUGUUACCCAACAUGUUUAACAACAAUUUAGUUCGUAGGUACGACUGACAUGGAGAGUGAAAUUAAAUCUUGGUUAAAUGUGAUCUUAAAAGAAAAUAUUAAGAAUUUUUCUUUAAAGAAUGUGGGGAAUUCGGAAAAAGGUGAUGGUUACAUCGGGGACAUACUUUUUGUGACAUUAACAUCCGUGCGUGAUAAGUCAAGCCCAGAAUAUAAUCUUGUACUAAAGUGCAGUAAAAGAAGUGAGGCUUUAAGGAAGAAAACGCCGGUCAAAGAAGCGUUUAUAACUGAAAUUUAUAUUUAUGAGAAGGUAUUUCCCACUUUCACUCACUUUCAGCUAGAGAAAGGAGUUUUUCAUCCGUUUAAGAGUGUGCCAAAGUGUCACGGGGCACUUAUUGCUGACAACUUAGAGGUUAUCGUUUUUGACAAUUUGAAGACAAGUGGAUACGUUCUCUGGGAUAAGAAAAAACUAUUGACGAGGAAACAUAUAGAAUUAGUAGUUGAAGAAUAUGCGAAAUUUAAUGCCGUCUCAAUUGCGAUGAAAGAUCAAAAGCCUGAAGGGUUUAAAAAACUAACCGACAACUUGAUGAAUGUCUUUCAACGUUUUGUGGAAGCAACAGAUUGUGAGAUAAUUUUUGGAAAAAUUAUUGACGAAAUACACGAUUUGCUUAAAGACGAUCUGGAUGAGCAUAUUUUGAGUGUUUGGAGAUCUUUAAAAGAGAAAAUAAAUUUUAUUUUCGGUGACAUGAUUCAAGGAAUUUCAGGCGUGAAGGUGAUGCGUCAUGGUGACUGCUGGUGCAAUAAUUUCAUGUUUAAACACGACAAAAAGAACAAAAGUAUACCAACAGAAGUAGCUAUUUUGGAUUGGCAACUAUCAACAUAUUCUUCACCCGUUCUUGAUUUAUGUUAUUUCAUAUUUGCUAAUAUCUCUGAAGAAGAUAUUUAUGAGUUGAAUGUCAUUUUAGAUUAUUAUUACGAUAGAUUAAAGUUUUAUACUGACCAACUUGGUUCUGAAUUGGACUCGUUAUAUCCAAGAGAAGAGUUUUUUAGCGAUUGGAAAAAAUACUCUAAAUAUGGAAUUUUAAUGUCUACCUUAGCAUACAAAAUUUACGCUACUGAAAAAAAUGAAGUUUUAGAUAUUGUGGAUGCAGUUGAAAGUGGUAACGAUUUUGGGCAGGCUUUCAUUUAUGAAGUGAAAAAUAAAUCUGCUUUAAAGGAUAGAGCCAGAUAUAUUGUUCAGUAUGUGGUGGCCAAUAAUUUAAUUAGUUUUUAGUCUUAUUUCCAUUUUUGUCUCUUUAAGUGAAAUCCAAUACAUUCGUGUUUUGAUUUUAUUGAGUCAUAUUACACAAAUACUGCAGCAACAAAUGAAAGAAUUACGUAAAUUUACCAGCUUCCAUUAGUACGUAGAUUAGCUAUAACUUGUAACAGCAAUUUAUCAAAAAAUAAUAGUCUUUAAUGUUUCCAUUUAAGAUACAACCUAUAGUAAUAGUUUAGGAUUUACAAAAUAUCUAAAAAAUAAACUUAUUGUAUUCAAAAGUUAAUAUAAAAUUAUAAUAAAAAUUAAAGUCACUGUAAAAAAUA